UCAAAAUCAAUAGUAGAAGUAAAUUCAUAGUGAGAGCCAAAAUCACCUUAAAUUUCACGUAAAUUUGCCUAUAUUUCCCAAAUUAUGGACGACGUUUCAAAAAUCCUAUCCAAGGCCCUUGAAUGCGAUGCAAGUGAUCGCAUUUUAGAGGCUGGAACCCUCUACGACAAAGGACUGCAUCAUUUGAAACAACUUAUCGCAGCAACAAAAAAUACUCGAAUCGCAAAGAAAUAUCUCGAACACAUGUCUCAGUAUAAGGAACGUUCGAAAAAGAUUCAGUUGAGUAUUAAAAAACUCCUCGAAGAGGGAACCGUUUUACAAAACAUCUCCAUUAGUCAAAAUUCAAUGGGGCAUAGCUACGAGUCCCUUUUUGGCCAAUAUUUAAAAUCGGACAUAGAAGAAAUCUAUCUGGAGGAACCAUACCUGCAUCGUUUUUAUCAAUAUGAAAAUCUAAUUGUCUUCUUCGAAUUGGCCGCAAGAAAAUGCCCAAAUUUGAGAUUUAUCAAAUUGAUUACAAAGCGCAUGGAAAAUGCAAAUAUAUUGAAUGAUAUUCGCAAUGACUUAAGGAGCAGGCAUAUAGGCUUGCACACGUCCAUAGAUGAGUUUCUGCAUGAUCGAAAAAUUGCCUUGUCCAAUGGGGUUAUUAUAAAAAUUGGUCGUGGUUUACAUUUCUUCAAGGCAGUACGAGGCGAAUACGCUUUAGGGCAGUUCGAUUACGAUUACCGCGAAUGUUUGAAAACAGAUGUGGACAUAUGGACUUCAGCAAAAACUAUGGGUGGAUAAAUGUCAACAGCGUGGAAUUUUUGUGAUUGAAGUUGUAUAAAUGUUAAAAAAUUUUAAUAAAGUGUUGAAAAUGAA